AUGAUUGACGAACAGGAGUCUGAGCGUGUUUCUCGGUUGAGAACGCGCGCGGAGAUAAAGCGCGCGGCUGCGGUGACUAGUAUUCGGUCAGUGAAUGCGCUUGCGCUACGCGCCACGAGUAACCCCGACGUAGUUCCCCAAUUUUUGGUUACUGUCACGGAUUUGGAUAUGUUAUGGAGUCAAUUUAGGUCUGAAGACGAUGCCGCUCUCGAUUAUUUAAUACAACUCGACAAGUCGGACGAGUAUGCUGCGGACCUGCCCGGUGAGGUCCGAGCGCUCAUCUCUGAGUCGAAAGCGAUCGCGGAAAAGUUGAUCCCGAAGGGUGCGGCGGCCGUAGACUUCUCUUUUAUUAAUUCGAAUCCCACGUCAAAGGUUGGUCCGUUACAAACACCCAUUGUUCAAAACAGUUCGACUUCGCGGCUACCAGAAAUACCAUUGCCGAAAUUCGAUGGGGACUUUAGGUACUGGCCUACGUUCCGCGACAGAUUUAUGGCGUCCGUUGACAAUCAUAGGCCCGAGUUGGCACCGAUAGACAAAAUGUAUCAUUUGAUAGGCUGCCUGCAUGGCCCCGCCGCUGACGCGGUGCGCGGCAUACCCGUCGCGUCUGAUAACUAUGAAUUGGCAUGGUUGACGUUAUCGCGCAGAUUUAACCGUCCACGUUUAGUGGCAGCGUCGUUAGUAGAGAAAUUGUUAAGUGUCCCGUCAUCCACUCAGGAGUCACUCCAGGAGUUGACAAAUUUUUCUAGCGUUUUCAGUGAAUCUGUAUCAUUGUUGAAGGCCCUUAACAUUCCGGACCUCGGGUCGUUUUUAUUAUUCGCGUUAGCGUUCCGACGGUUACCGUUGUCCACCCGUAAGGAGUUCGAGUCGAACGCAACCUCCGAUUUUCCGUCGCUAAGUGAGCUGUUAACUUUCGUUGAGACACGUGUAGCUAUUUUAGAGCUAGUCGGUGAACCGCCACGCAAACACAACAAUAGUAAUUCCGGGCCAUAUAAACCAGUUCAGGGCGGUCAACCGCGCAAAGGGGGAGAUCGGUAUCAAAAACAACUGACGUCUAAUCCCGCGUCAUUAGUCAUCACUAGCCCUAACAAGGCCUGUCCUUGUUGUAAAGAGUCCCACACGUUAGAAUUGUGCAAACGUUUUAAAUCAUGGGAUGUUAAAGAACGAGUCCGUUGCGUACGAGAAAAUAAGUUAUGCUUUGUGUGCCUUAGUGCCGACCACUGGGCUGAUAAAUGUAAGUCCAAAACUCGAUGCCACCAUUGCAAGCGCAAGCACCACCAUCUCGUUCAUAAUUCGGCCAAUUCGGGGGAUAUCCCUAAUGGGGAGGACGCUCAGUCGCCAGACCCGACAUUGUGCGCGUCCACUGUGUUCCCGCAAUCAAACCACACGUCUGUCGUGUUAGGUACAGCGCUAGUACACGCGCGUAACCAAGCGGGGUCUUGGCAAACCUUGCGAGCAUUAAUUGAUUCAGCGUCGCAAAUUAGUGCUGUCACAUCGGCGUGUGCCAAGCGGCUAGGACUCAAAUGUGCACGUUGGACAGCACCUGUCAGUGGGCUGGGUGGAGUCCCUAUUGUUGACGUGCAAGGUCGCGCUGAAGUUGCCGUUCAACCUCGUUUCGCAGUCGAGCCGGUUUUAGCCGUACACGCGUGGGUUCUGCCGUCGAUCACGGCUGACUUGCCGCGUAAUAAUUUGCCGGUUGGUAUAAAAGAUAGGUAUUCGAAUCUCGCACUGGCCGAUCCCGCAUUUAAUGUCGCCGCCCCCAUCGAUAUAUUGUUAGGCAGUGAUGUGUAUCCGUUCAUAAUGAAUGGUAAGAAAAUCGUAGUCGACGAAUGUCUCCCUGCCGCGUUCAGUUCGAUUUUCGGUUGGGUACUGAUCGGGCCGGUGUCCGGUGCUGAUGUAGGCCCUUAUCAUUCGAUGCCCGUUUCUCUCACCGUUUCGAUCGAACAGUUAAUGGACAAUUUUUGGCGAGUGGAGGAGCCCGAGCCCGCUCCCGAAGUGUUUACCGACGAAGGGCGAUGUGAACGUAUAUUUCGCGAGCAAUGUGAUCGAUUGCCUUCGGGACGCUUUUCAGUACCUUUACCAUUCCGAUCAUCGGUGUCCGACAACAUGUUCGUCGGUUCACGUGAUAUAGCCAUUAAGCGUUUCGAAUCACUCGAGCGGAAAUUGACGGCCGACCCGGACCUUAGCAAAUUAUAUAUAGAUUUUAUGCGCGAGUAUAUAUCACUAGGGCAUAUGACGAUCACCUCAUCACCGGGCGUGUAUUAUAUUCCACAUCAUGCAGUGUACCGUCCCGACGACGGAGAUAAGAAAUUACGCGUCGUAUUCGACGCGUCCGCGACGAGUUAUCGCGGACCGUCAUUAAAUAAUUGCUUAUUACCUGGCCCGAAACUACAACAAGAUAUCGUUGACAUUUUAACGCGUUUUAGAGUUCACCGUCACGCAUUCACCGCCGACGUGGUAAAAAUGUAUCGGCAAAUUUUGAUAUUACCCGAAUAUAGAAAAUACCAACACAUAGUGUGGAGGGAGUCCCCACACGAUCGUCUUCAAGAUUACGUACUUAAUACUGUGACGUAUGGGGUUAAUUGUGCGCCUUUCCUUGCGUUGCGCGUGUUGCAAUCAAUCGCGUCCGAUGACUGCGAUAAUUUUUUAUUAGUACGCCAUGCGUUAAAAUAUCAAACGUACGUCGAUGAUAUCUGUGUGGGUGCAGAUUCUGAAGCCCAGGCGCUUGAACUUCAAUCGAAUUUGAUUUCAGUAUUAAGUAAAUCCGGGCUAGAAUUAAAAAAGUGGGCGACGAAUACAGCCUCGAUUUUAAGGGUCAUUCCGGCUGAUUGCCGUGGGUCAGGCCCGUUACCAUUUGACACGGCCGAUGCGUUCAGUAUUAAGGUAUUAGGAAUCGAGUGGCAUCACGAGACAGACGAAUUUUGUUGCGCGCUCCGUCUAGACCCCGCGCCGGUAUACACCAAACGAGGUAUAUUAUCAUUAGUCGCACGAAUAUUUGAUCCGUUGGGACUUUUCGCGCCGGCCACGUUUUUGGCAAAGUCAAUUAUGCAGCAGACAUGGAACGUGAAGCUGUCAAGGGAUGCUCCCUUACCAAUUGACAUUCAAUCAAGGUGGGCCGCCUUCGUCGCUGACCUGCCGUCUUUACUCACCGUUCGUGUUCCACGAUACAUACAAGCGCGUAAUGGCGCGCCGUGUAUGCUGUUAGGUUUUUGCGAUGCGUCCCAACGCGGUUACGCAGCUGUUGUUUACGUGCGUAUUUUGGACGCCCCACCGGAUAGUUGUAUUUUUUUAUUAGGUACAAAAACGAAAUUAGCUCCCUUAAAGGCAUUAACCGUGACACGACUCGAGUUGAACGCUGCGAUAUUAUUAGCUCGUUGGCUAGGACGUCUGAGCCAUGCGCUCACAUCGCUAUUAAAUAUAGUCGGCACUCACGCAUGGUCCGACUCGACAAUAGUAUUAUCGUGGUUAACGGUUCACCACGAUUCUUUUAAGACAUACGUCUCGAAUCGCGUGCACCAAAUCCAAGUCUUGUUGCCGAAUUGUCAGUGGCAUCAUGUUGAGUCCUCUUUAAAUCCUGCCGAUUGCGCGUCGCGGGGCGUUACGCCGUCCGAGUUAGCACAAUUUUCGUUAUAUUGGCAGGGGCCACCUAUAAUCUACACUGAUCCGUCUGAUUGGAAACCAUGUCCCCCCCCUCCAAGUGAUAUCUCUGAGCUGCCCGAAGUGCGACCAAUUGUAUGUGCCGUUCGAGCUGAUGAUGCGCCUGUCGAAUGGUUCACUGUAUUUUCGUGUUUUGAUCGAAUGGUCCGAGUGACGGCGCACGUUAUACGCUUUAUUUCAUUAUGCCGUAACGGUAAGUCCACUUCGCGUCCACCCGCAUUUCUAUCUAAGUCGGAGCUUGAUCACGCCACCCAGGUUCUCGUUUUAGAAUCACAGCGGAUUCACCUUGCCAAUCUACGACGCGAAUUGUCCAAUAAUGUCCGUGUGUCGUCGAAACCGUUAUCACGUUUGUGCCCCUUUAUUGAUGCGGACGCUGUAAUCCGAGUGGGGGGUCGGCUGCGACAUUCCUCGCUAACGUACGAUUGUAAGCAUCCGGUAUUAUUGGCUAAAAGAUCGUAUUUUGCACGAUUGUUAUGUGAAAAAUGGCAUAAGGUAACAGGUCAUUCGGGUCCACGAGUUGUGGCGGCUCUUAUUUCGCGUAAGUAUUGGGUCGUGUCGGUCCGAUCAGUUUUACAUGAGGUUCUGUCACGAUGCGUAGUAUGUGUGAGAUUGACCGCCAAACCGGUCCAGCCAUUUAUGGCUGAUUUGCCCGCGGCGCGGGUACAACAAUGUCGUCCGUUUGCUCGGGUCGGUAUCGAUUAUGCCGGACCUUUGACGAUGCGUGAGCUUCGACUCCGCAAGUCUCGCACUUACAAAAUCUACAUUGCGGUUUUUGUGUGUUUUUCAGUCAAGGCCGUACACCUUGAAGUCGUGUCAGAUUUAACGACCGACGCAUUCUUAGCUGCUUUUGACCGAUUCGUCGCCCGACGAGGUUUGCCGAGUGAUAUUUAUUCCGACAACGGUACUAAUUUUGUCGGUGCGGACAAAAAAUUACAGGCGUUAAUUAAUAGUCCGGAAGGACAAGUGUCCAUCGCGAACUCCCGGUCCAACUGCGUGUGGCAUUUUAACCCCCCGAGCGCUCCCCAUUUCGGCGGGUUAUGGGAGGCCGCCGUGCGGUCGACGAAACGGUUGCUCGUCCGCAUAAUUGGCACCCAUGUUUUCACGUUCGAGGAAUUUUCUACAAUCUUGUCCCGCAUCGAAGCCAUCCUCAACUCACGCCCCUUAACUCCCGCUUCGAAUGAUCCACACGAUUUAGAUUGCCUAACUCCGGGCCAUUUUCUAAUAGGCCAGCCGUUGCUUACAGUUCCCCCUAGAUCAACUCCCGACAAUGUACGUAAUGUUCGCGACCGUUGGAAGUUAGUUGAUCAAUGCCACCAAGCGUUCUGGAGACGGUGGUCAAAUGAAUACUUGACCACCCUCCAACAACGGUCGAAAUGGUCUGGUAGCGUACCUAAUUUAAAAAUUAAUGAUAUGGUCGUGGUGAUAGACAACCAAUGUCCUCCGUUGAGUUGGCGACUUGACCGUAUAACGGAAGUAUUGCCGGGGGCCGACAGCACCGUUCGUGUUGCGCGAGUUCUGACUAGUACUGGUCAAAUCACCCGCCCGGCAGUCAAAUUGGUAUUAUUGCCCGUCGAUCAGCUGGUCAAUUAA